UGCAUGAUGGGUCUGUGCACUCAUUCGCUAACGUCUCGCGUGGCGGCCAGACUUCGCGGUCGCCAUUCCCACGUUGUGCAGCUGUGGAUAUGAAGGCCGGCACGAACCCAACAUAUACAAAACGCCUUGCCGCCGCCGAUCACAACAUCAGAAAAACAGAGAUAUACAGUUCUUUUCAUUACUUCUACCUCCACGGUGCGAGCUUUCAACGCUGCUCUCACGCUCACUGUGCAGCCUCUCCUGACUCUGCGCACGGCCAUUGACGGUCAAGCUGACAUCGGGCGACUUCUCUCAUCAACGCAGCUGUCUCUGACUUUUUCCCACACGUCCGCGGCCGUGUCCGCCCUCAGAACAACAACAUGCGUUUCUCAGCUGCGGCGGUGGCCUUCUGUGCCUCGCUCUUCGCUUCUGCGAACGGCCAGCAGUACGCCGGCGACUACAUCAACAAUACCCUCCCGGCUGUGCCCGGCUCUGAGGUCGCCUUCUUCAAGAUCAAGGAUCCCCGGGGCACCAACAGCAAUUUGACCCUCAUCAACUAUUAUUCACAUGGCGUCGGUGGCUCCAAGCGAAUCGACCCUCUCAAGGUCAAGCGUGGAAUCGUCGUUGUCCAUGGACAGAACCGUGACCCUGAGCUGUACAUGUCUAACAUGCUGAGCGCCCUGGCACAAGUCAAGUCGGAUCCAAACAUCAAUAUGGACUCUGUCGCUAUCAUUGCGCCAUACUUUCCCAACGGCGAUGAUAAAUAUUCAGGUUACCCAUGGAUUGAUGGCUUGAGAGCCAACCAAGGCUCCAUCUCCAAUGCCCUCGUCUGGCAGGCGUCGCAAUGGGCUGGUGGCGGGACCAACCAGUAUCCCUACAAAUCCAUCCAAAUAUCAUCAUAUGACGUCUUGGACCAAUUGAUUCAGUAUUUCGACAACACGACCGUCUUCCCCAACAUGAACCAGAUUGUCAUUGCCGGUCACUCGCUUGGUGCCCAGACCGUACAAAGAUAUGCUCUCGUCGGAAACAACCUCAACACCAGGAGUCCACUGACGUACUGGAUCGGUAACCCAAACAGUUAUGGUUGGCCGAGUAUCAGCCGUCCUCUCGUCACGCUCGGCUGCCCCGGAUAUGAUGAGUGGCGAAGCGGUUUCACAAACUACACGACGUACGGCAAGUCCGGCAGGAUGCUCUACGGUACUAGUCUCGUCGCGUCUGGGCGCGACGCCGUUGUUGCGAACUUUCAGAGCAAGCAGAUUGCGUGGGUCCGUGGUACCCAAGACACAGGGGACGACUCCAGUGAUUGCGAUCCCUUUACGCAGGGCGGCGAUCGCAAUGGUAAGCUGGCAGAUUUCUCUACGUUGAGGUUACAUCAGUGCUAACUUUUCCGACAGAGCGAUUCUUUGCUUACAUCAAGCAAUUUACACCUAGCUGCCCUGACCCUGCUGGUCGCAACUGUGACACUGUCGAUUUCGUGCCCCUCGGUCACGACGCUGGCUCUACCUUUGCAUCACCGGCCGGGCAAGCUCGUCUCUUCAAGGACAAUUUCUAUGGCGAUAAUUCUCGUGCUUACGAUUUUGGAUACCCACGACAGCAAGCUGGUGAUGAUCCAUUCCCCGACCCGUCGCUGGUCAAUACCCCUAUUCCCCGUGAGAACGGCACAUAUGCUGGCG